GGGGCAGGACUUUGUCUCCAUGGAGAUUGUGACGCUGCCCUGCUAGGGGCUAUUUGGAAUGGGUAUAGGCCUAGGAGGCUGGAGAAGGCCGGGCUGACUCCCCGAGCCCCUCGUGUUAGGGCCUUCCUCUUUCUUGGGCUUGGGAACAUUGGCCAGCCCCAUUUUAGAGGGGGAAACUGAGGCCCAGAGAGGGCAGGAAAUCUCCUUGGUCACAAUGCGCCUCCAUGGAAGACCCAGGAUGAACUAAACCCAGGAUCUCGCGCCCUCGGCUUUUCCCCAAAUCCCGAGAGCUGGUGGUCACCAUGGCAAUGCGUGAGCUUGUGGAGGCUGAAUGUGGGGGUGCCAACCCGCUCAUGAAGCUGGCCGGGCACUUCACCCAGGACAAGGCCCUUCGGCAGGAGGGAUUGAGGCCUGGCCCCUGGCCCCCGGGAACCCCUGCUUCUGAAGCAGUGUCCAAACCUUUGGGAGUAGCUUCUGAAGAUGAGUUGGUGGCUGAAUUUCUGCAGGAUCAGAAUGUACCACUUGUAUCCCGUGCCCCCCAGACUUUCAAGAUGGAUGACCUCCUGGCAGAAAUGCAGGAGAUUGAACAGUCAAACUUCCGUCAGGCUCCCCAGAGAGCCCCUGGUGUGGCAGACUUGGCCUUAUCUGAGAACUGGGCCCAGGAGUUUCUUGCAGCUGGAGAUGCUGUGGAUGUAACUCAGGAUUAUAAUGAGACUGACUGGUCCCAAGAAUUCAUCUCUGAAGUUACAGACCCCUUGUCUGUGUCUCCUGCCCGCUGGGCUGAGGAGUAUCUGGAACAGUCAGAGGAAAAGCUGUGGCUGGGAGAGCCUGAGGGAACAGCUACCGCUGAUCGCUGGUAUAAUGAAUAUCAUCCUGAGGAGGAUCUGCAGCACGCUGCCAGUGACUUUGUGGCCAAAGUGGAUGACCCCAAAUUGGCUAAUUCUGAGUUCCUGAAAUUCGUGCGGCAGAUUGGCGAGGGGCAGGUGUCCCUGGAGUCCGGUGCAGGGUCGGGCCGAGCUCAGGCAGAACAGUGGGCAGCAGAGUUUAUACAGCAGCAGGGUACAUCAGAUGCCUGGGUUGACCAAUUCACAAGACCAGUAAACACAUCUGCCCUUGAUAUGGAGUUUGAACGAGCCAAGUCAGCUAUAGAGUCUGAUGUCGAUUUCUGGGACAAGUUGCAGGCAGAGUUGGAGGAGAUGGCAAAACGGGAUGCUGAGGCUCACCCCUGGCUUUCUGACUAUGAUGACCUCACGACUGCUUCGUAUGAUAAAGGUUACCAGUUUGAGGAGGAAAACCCCCUGCGUGAUCACCCUCAGCCUUUUGAAGAAGGGCUGCGGCGGCUUCAGGAAGGGGACCUGCCAAAUGCUGUGUUGCUUUUUGAGGCAGCUGUGCAGCAGGAUCCUAAGCACAUGGAAGCUUGGCAGUAUCUGGGUACCACCCAGGCAGAGAAUGAACAAGAACUAUUAGCCAUCAGUGCAUUGCGAAGGUGUCUGGAGCUAAAGCCAGAUAAUCGGACAGCACUGAUGGCACUGGCUGUAAGCUUCACCAACGAGUCCCUGCAGCGACAGGCCUGUGAAACCCUGCGAGACUGGCUGCGCUAUACACCAGCCUAUGCCCACCUGGUGGCGCCUGCUGAAGAAGGGGCUGGUGGGGCAGGACUGGGCCCCAGCAAGCGUAUUCUGGGGUCUCUGUUGUCUGACUCCCUAUUUCUUGAAGUGAAAGAACUCUUUCUGGCUGCUGUGCGCCUGGACCCUACAUCCAUUGACCCUGACGUGCAGUGUGGCUUGGGAGUCCUUUUCAACCUGAGUGGGGAGUAUGACAAGGCUGUGGACUGUUUCACGGCUGCCCUCAGCGUCCGUCCUGAUGACUAUUUGCUGUGGAAUAAGCUAGGGGCUACCCUGGCGAAUGGCAAUCAGAGUGAAGAAGCAGUAGCUGCAUACCGUCGGGCUCUGGAGCUUCAGCCUGGUUAUAUCCGGUCCCGCUAUAACUUGGGCAUUAGCUGUAUCAACCUUGGGGCUCACCGGGAGGCUGUGGAACACUUUCUGGAGGCCCUCAACAUGCAGAGGAAAAGCCGGGGCCCUCGGGGCGAAGGGGGUGCCAUGUCAGAGAACAUCUGGAGCACCCUGCGUCUGGCAUUGUCUAUGUUAGGCCAGAGUGAUGCCUAUGGGGCAGCUGAUGCUCGGGAUCUGCCUACCCUCCUAACUAUGUUUGGCCUGCCCCAGUGACAAUGGGAUGGGCUGCCUUGUGAGUGUUCGUCUGGAGGGGUCCCCGCUCUGGACGUGACUCCCUCUCCCCCAAAUGUGCCUACCAAGGGGGUGGGCUGAUGACCAUAAGCGGUACGGCCUUUCAGGAGUAGCUGCCUCAGUGUUAGGGGUGGGUAGUCCGUGUUCUAGUUCCUACAUAAUUGUAGGGAAACAAGCUGUGUUGUCUCUAAGUCCCUUGGUAAUUCAAGGGCUGUACAUCCAUGCAGAUCUCUCUGUUCAUCAUGCCCUUUCUUGGUGCUGCUUUUGGGUAGGACCCAACAAUUUAGGGUAACUGUUGUCAUCAGCUGCCAUUUCUGAUAGGUAGAAUGUCUCCCCUUUCCCCCGUUUCUGCUGGGAGUUGGUAAUAGUCUAGCUCCUUGGGCAGUUGUAUGUAAGAGAUUCUUCUGCCAUGCCCCACCAUUGAUGACUAUCUGGGAUAGGAUGUGUUAGGAGUUGGUCUGUUUGAUUGAAAUGUUGAUUUGGCUCAGUAGAGCUGAAUUUUGGUAGGGGUGCUCAUAGUUCUCUUGCUCUUGGACCUCUCUUGGCUUUGAGCUCUGAUUUCCUGUGAGCACAGUGCUGAUACAGUAAUACUAGUAACAUUAAUCCUAGUGGUCCUCAGGAGCUACCCGGGUCAAUUGUGACAGAGCGUGUUUGGUGUGGGGAAGGCGGAAUGCGCAUUUGUGAAAUGAACCUGGUGGAGACAGCUGGGAUCAGAUCAGGGGCUUUGUCUUGGGGCCUUUGGUGAGAGGGCAGAGCAAGUGGGAAGAGGGGUGUGGUGAGUGCAGCAAUCCGUCCUCUUAGAAAGACUGUGAGUAGGAAUUGAGCUAAAUCUUCUAGAAAGUUGGUUCAGAAAUUAUAGUCUUGCCAAAUUUCUAGCAAAGUUCAGUGUUACUAUAAGCCUUUGCUGUACUUCUUGAAAUGUUCUAGGGGAGAGCAUUGAAAAACCGUCUUCCUCCAUAUUACCUACACAAGGUGAAGAUGGAAGGAAGAUGAAGAGGAGGAAGCAGCUUGGAUUCUUCUCUUCUCACUUGUCCCCUGCACGGGGAGAUACACUGACCGCCAGAAAUGACUGCUAAGCCUCUUGCCUUGUCUUCAGUAGCUAAUGAUCAGAGAGAUGUUUUUUUAAACUACCAUGGUCCCAAGGUUCCAUCCUGAAAUUUAUUUUUUUUUUGUAUGAAUAUGUGUAAAUGAUUUAAAAUUAAAACUGUAAAAUAUUUGUAUGAAGAAUAAAUGGAACUGGUGUGGG